AAUGUCCCUUAUAUUAAGUCAAAUCAAUAAGGAUAAUGUAAAAGUUGGUAAAGGAUGUUGUAUAGCUUUGGGAGUACAAAUAAUAUCAGAAAUAGGUGAAAUCAUUAUAGGAGAUUAUACUAUAAUAGAAGAAGGAUGCAUCAUAAGAAAUAAUCAUUUUAAGAAAAUGUUGAUAGGUUCUUAUAAUGUAUUUGAAAUUGGAUGCAAGGUUGAAAAUACUAAUAUUGGUGAUUGCAAUGUAUUUGAAAUGAGAUGUAUAAUUAUAUUAUAAAUAUAAGGUAUGAUUGAAAGUGGUUGUACCAUUGAAAAUAAUUGUAGAUUCGGUAUUAAUUCUAGAGUUCCACCAAAACAGAAUUUCCCUAAUUUCUCUAGAGUUUAUUACCCAUUUAAUGUUUUAAAAGUGCCACCAUAUGAUUCAUCAUAACAUAAAGAAGAAAUAACAGAAUUAUGUGCUGCAUUAUUUUAAAUUGGAUCAAAGAAAUGA